UCGCUAGUCGAGUUAGGUUCACUGUUCAGUUAACCAAAAGCUUAUUUCCUUCCCUUUCCUUAUCGGUUUCUUCUUUCUUCUUCUUCUUCUUCUUCUUCUUCUUCUUCGUAUCUAUUCUUUAUCAAUUUCUUCAUCAUCGGAGGACGAAUUGAUGCAAGAAAAAAAUUAGAGCUAGGGUUAGGGUUACCAUUAAGUAUAUCAUGUACCUUUAGUUGAUAUAUCAUAUCCUCAACCUGGUUUCGAAUAAUAAUUUCUAGUUUUCCUUCCGAUUCAAUUUUCUCUUCCGCUGCAAAUGAUGCUGUUGUCCCAAUUUGAACGACCUUAAUCCAUAAGUCGCUCCAAUUUGAAAGAUCCAAUUGUACUGCCAAGGUUAACCUCAAUUACUUCUUCUCGUUCUCCAUCGCAUUUUAAGGAUGAAAUAAUCGCAUUCUGAGGAUGAAAUACAGGUUCCCCCCUAUUAAUUUUUCUUUGUCAUACUAAUCUAUUCGACUCCAUUGCUUCUGGGUAUACAAAAUAUGACUUGCUGUUAUUUUCAAUUUUCCUUACUCUUUCUGUUGUUAUUCAGAAGGGAAAAUGAGCCAGCAUCUAGUUAACUUAAGACCAUGCGAUGUGAUUGAAGAGAAAUCGUUAUGUGAGAAUGUUUAGUUGCUGCUUGCUGCCUUGCUGGAACAUAUCUGGUUUUAGAAUCUUAUUAACUUUGUGACUUUCUUGGUUAAUUGUAACUUCAAUCAGCUUUGUGACUUUCUUGGUUAAUUGUAACUUCAAGCAGAUUUGGUAUAAAUUAUGGAAACCCGUAGUCUCAUCCUAUCGGUAUUUAGCUACAUGAACCAGCUAGCAAUUGUGUACCAAAACAUAAUAAGUUUACAGUAAACAUAAUAAUGAGUUACUGCUAGUGAUAUAGUGGCAUGGACUUUGUCUUGCAACAACAUCUAAUGCUUAAACCGUGUAUGGGUUGUUGGUUUUCUUCAGUCCUGGUUAAUGUAAAUGCAGUUAGUCAAACAUUAGGUUCCACAUAUGACUUUGAGUUCAUAUUUUAACGUCAUUACCAAGUGAUGAGGAAAUUUUCAAUCUCUACACUAGAAGACCAAACUAUACGAAGAUCAAUUCUUUGUUGCAAAGAAAGGUUUAGGAGACCAACAACAUAUGCCGCUUCGAAGGAACACCAAUGAGUUGUCUUUCAGACGAUCUUAUAAAAUAAAUUGGGUAACCUCACUGGCAGGUUCCUAUAAAUUAAAAUGGGUACCGUAUUUUUCACAGUACUAUAAAUUAUACUGGGUAAUGACUUUACUGGUCGUAUAAAUUGAAACAGGUAACGUGGUAAAUUAUUUUAAGUUCCAAUGAAAGAGUAUAUUAUUGUUUGGGUAUAUAUAUGAACUCCAACUUAAUAGAUGGAAAUUUUCUAGUUUGGUUCAUUGAGAUGAAUAGUCUAAUUGCUGAUGAUCUAAAUAUUAUUCAGUUUUGUAUUAUGUUUACCCAGUCUAUUAUACAAGACAUUUUUGCAGUUCUACCCAGUUUUUAUUUUCGGAUAGUAUUGGGAACAACUUUGAAUUGUACGGUAGGCAAAACUAGUUUCCGACUCACUGAGGGUAGGUUAGUGAGUGAGACAGGGAAUUCAACUGGUGGUGUUCCUGAGAGGUUAGGGGUAUGGCAAUCUCCGUGGAAAGGAAAGAAGAAGGGUGGAGAAUUGGUGAUAAAAGGAGAGGGAGAGUUGUAUCAACUUGCUGUAAGGAUGAGAGAAAGGUUUCCUGAUUUGUUUAAGGGGGAGUAUCAUCCUGAUAUUUACAUAAUGAAAUCAAGUCAGAUUCCUCGAGCAUCAGCUAGUGCUGUGGCAUUUGGCAUGGGGUUGUUCAAUGGGAAAGGAACUCUUAGAACAGGGCAGCAUCGGGCUUUUGCUGUGACCAGUGAGAGUCGUACAAGUGAUUUGUUGUUGAGAUUUCAUGAUAUCUGUCAAAGUUUCAAGGAACAGAAUAUAAAAGAAUACAACACGAGAAAGCAUUGGACUUACCUCCUAAGCCACCACAGAAACGUAGUUGGAGGUGCAGCACAGUAGCACCUUUUGCUGGAAACAAUAUAUGUUGACUUUAUACAGUUGUCCAUAUAACAAGAAAAGCAAAUAUUUCGUACAAGUAAUGCACAAUGAAGUUCCAGUCCCCUUGCCGGGCUGUGAAAACUCUGAUUUCUGCCCAUUUGAAGAUUUCAAGGAAAGAAUUGUGAACCCCCCAUCUGGGGCAGCCUGGGAAGCACGGACACUGACAUGGGACACGGACACGAUAAGACACAGAUACAGGACCGGCAAAAAUCCAAAAUCAUGAGGACACGAACACCUCUAUAUAUACAUUAAUAAAAGGGUUUUUAUAUACUAAGAUCAUAUUGUUAUAGUAUAUCAAAUAUAUUAAUCACACAAAUACAUGAAAAAAACUCAAUUUUAUGCCGUUAGGUUA